AUGCCGGCCUCUAGCUCUGAAAGGGAGGAAUCAACUGGGCGAAUUCCAGCCGAAGGAGAACGAGAGACCCAAAGCGCUCGUCCUGCUACCAAACUCUUUCUCCUGAACAUGCCGGAGGAACCAGAAAUCAGGGGCUCCCGAGAUUCAGCCAGGAGCAAACUAAGGAAGUCUUGGAUAGGAGACAUGAGCUCAUCCAGAUUUGCGGACACUCUAUGGAAGGAGUACAGCAAGUCAGGUGCCGAAAAGAGGGCCGACACCCUGAAAAAUGCCCCAACUUCAAAAGCUUUGGCCGAGAAAGCCGCCGCAAAGAAACGGCCAGCAGGCACCAGUGAAGCCCCUCCCUCAAAAAAGGCAAAGGGUUUUACUGCUAAGAGGAAGAAGACCACUCGGCCGGUUCCCAAGGUCGUGAUCGACCUUCCGGCCAAAGAGGAGCCAGCUGAAGUUGACUCUCGAGCCCUGGUGGCCUAUACUGGUCCGGCUGAGCAACCCGAUCCUUCGCAACCUGACGAGGUUGUCAUUCUGGACGAUGCUGAACAAUCUUCUAAGCCGGACGCGGCUGUGGACGGAUCCGCCUUUUCUGGGCCAGUGGCCCAACUGGUAGGCCAGAUGCCGGCCGCUUAUAGGACGGCUUCCCGUUCUUCUGGUGAGUCCUACUAUUCCAACGUAGUUAGAACACUACGGGUUGGCGGGCGUCCGAUGAGUCCGUCCAACAAACAGACCGUGGUUAUUCCCAUCAGGUGUACUGACGAGUCUAACCUUUCAGAUAAAGGGAAGGGUCCUGCUGUUGACGGCUCCCCUAGCCUCUCUGACGAUGAAUCUUCUCCAGCCUUUGGAAAGAUGUCGUCGUCUGAUCGUGAGAAGCUCAAGACGGAGCUGUUCAAGUGCUUUCCCGAAACUUAUAUCAAGGGGUUAAGGGGAGCAUCGUCUGGGCAUGUAGGUUACAUGUCUCAGCUUGCUGCCGAGCUUUUUGCUCGCAGCAUGAUAACAGAAGACUGGGCGAAGGAGCUCAGAAAAGAGAAUAAAAAGCUCGUCCAGGACGUAACUGCGGCCGCCGACCAUGCUCAGUUCGUCAUUUCCGAGCAAGAGGUGUUGCACCAGCAAACCAAAGUUGCUUUGGAAAAAAGGUCGGCUGAGCUGGAGUCUCAGAUCAAAGUCUAUCUUCUUCGGUUGACGGAGAUGAUAGACGAACGGGCUUCGCUGGAGCGUGUUCUGACGGACGAGAGGAAUUCAGCCAUGACUAUGGCUGCCGAUUUCUUCAAGGAAAACCUCGUCCUGAAGGUCAAAAACCAAGCCCUUCGAACUGAGGUUGCAGAGACAAUUGCCGGCGCCAAAGAGGCUAUGAACACCAUCAUAGAUACCUCAAAAGAAUGGGCGGUGAAGGCUUUUGAGAUGAUGGCCGAGGAGGAGGAUAUCCCCAGAUAUGCUCGUCGGCUGGAAUUCCAAGAAGCCUUGCAUAAGGCCACCAUAACUAAAGCAGAACCUCCCGUCUUUGAAGAAUCCUCUGAGGAUGAAGAGGGAGAGGACAAUGCAGAGGCCCAGGACGAAGAGGACAACGAUCCUCCUGCCGCCUAGUUCUUUUGUUGUAUCUUGGCUGUGAGCCACUUGUAACUUUUUCUCCUUUUGUACUUAGAUGAAUUUAGGUUGUAAUCAUCUUUUUAUAUUUAUGGGAAGCUAACUUUUUCAA